AUGAAGGUGUACGUCGUCCUGUCAGCGCUUGCUCUGUGUGUCGUCGCCGAGCCGCCAAUCGACCGGUCUUAUCUGCCUCCCAGUUCUGAGAACGGACCUCCCUCGGCCUCCUCUCUCAGUUCUCAGUACGGCGCCCCAGCAGCUAUCAGCCUCAGCACACAAUACAGUGCUCCUUCAGCUGAGGGCUUCAGCACUCAGUACGGAGCUCCUGCGCUGACAGGCGCUGCCUCUGGUAGCGCAGGCGCUUCCAGCCAGGGUCCAGCUGCUCGCGUCUCCACCAGCUUUGGAAGCGCCUCCUCCAAGAGGAUUGGAGCUGGCAGGAGGAUAAGUGGUGGUCUCUCCUCUCUCUAUGGCGCUCCUUCGGCGGCCGGCCAUACUACUGGCUUUGGAGGACUCGUCAGUGCGGACGAGGGCGGCUACAGGCCCACCGUAGAGUACCAGGACACCGGACUCACCGCCUACUCCGGCGGCGGAUACGGCUACGGCAGGGGCCACGCCGGAGCUGGAGCUGGAAACGGUGGAUACCACUACUGA